GCGCACACGCGCACACACACACACACACACCUGAUGGAUUUGUAAAACGGAGAACAAGCUCAGUUUAUUUCCGUUUUUCAGCUCCGUUUCUCUUGCCAGGAGCUUUUUUAAUCUCCAAAUAUUUUCCCAUGAUGCACCUGGGGGGCGUGUUUUUUUUUUUAAUCCCUCCAGCUACGACAAAAUGGGAGGAGGAGUAAAAAGUGAGAGCGUGGGGAGGAGAAACAGUUGAUUCUUCAGCUGAAGUCGUUCCUGGUUUUGUCUGGAUUUGUGGAAACUUCUUUGUUUUUAAUUCUAAUCUGAAGGAUUAAUCUUUUAACUCCUCCAUCGCUCCGCUGAUGUUUGACUUUAGCAGUAAAACUGUCAGUAGGCUUUAAACUGAUGGUGCAGGUAGGAAACUGAAAUCUGAAAUGAGCUUCAGCUUUACAUUUCUGCUGUGAAGCCGUUUCUAUUUGGCAUUUAGAUCCUAAUCUCUUAAUCUCAAACUGAUAUUUUUGGAAAGAAACUGAAAACAACCAACAAAAUGGAUCAAAAUUCAGUCAAAAACAAGGAGCAGGAGCAGAAUAACUGCUUUUUACUACAUAAUGUUCAAAAUAAUGACAAAUUUAGAUAAUUUUUCCAACUUGCAGCUGGAGGAUCAAUUUAUCUAUUUUUUAUUCUACAUCCAGCAGCUCUGGUUGCUCUAGCUCUUUACCUUUAAACACUCCUCAAAAUAAAACAUUCUCAAGAUGCAGCGAGCGAUGAUGGCCUGCGCCGACUGUUUACGUCCUCCGAGAGACGACAGCUCCCCUGCUGGACAGAGGAGCUGUUUGGCUUUCACAUCGUUCUCCAUCAGAGAUCUGCUCCGGUCCAAAGAGCCUCGCUGCUCCCUGAAGCUCAGCCUGUAGAUAGAAGUCCAGCUACCUGCCUGCUGAUUGGCUGUUGCUGGGAUACCUUUAGCCAGAAGAGGAAGUGAGAUGGGGCAGCGUGUGUCUCCGCCUCCAGACCCGUAGAGGAAAAAGUCUCUUCCUGUUAUGCAUCAAAUCACCUUCAGAAGAGAAGAGAGAAGACGCAGACUGAAUGCUCACACAUGCCUCAGUGCAGGUGUCGGUCCAGGUCUGAUCUUACCAACUACUGGAACUUUGUCAAUGACGAUGGACGGCGUGAACGAGGUCGGGGACGUGACGGUUUCCCGCCUGCAGCCGGACGAAGAGACGGAGGAUCAAUCUGCAGAAAACAAGAGCGCCGUGCUGUGUGACGCGCUGCACGGCUCCGUCCAGGACAAGGAAAACAGUCCAAUGAUGCAAGCAGCCUUGUGCUCCCAGGUGUGUAAGCUGUACAGGUUUCAGACGGAGGAUCACAGGUGGCUGCUGGUCCGGGAGCAGAUGUCAGAGACGCCGCUGUCCUUCUCCUUACCCAAACAGCUGCUGAGCGCGCUCAUCAGGGAGCACACCGACAGGGUCGAGGAGGUCAAUGCGCUCGGUGACCUUUCACCUCACUGGGACGGCCUCCGCCACGACGCCGUCGCCCACUCCCUCCAGCUGAUCGGCUGCUACCAGCAAACGCAGGCGGAGCUGCACCGCCUCUCCACGGCGUCCUGCUUCAAGGCGAGCAGCAGCAAAUCGGACCGACACCUGCAGUUCAUCCCCACCAACCUGCACAGCCAGAGGAUGGAGGUGACCGGCCCCGGCAGCUCAGGUGUUUGGUACGAGGUCGUCACGUUCGGAGCGCCGGCCGAUCACCACCAGGCCUUCAAACAUGGAGGACUGAAGCGGCUGCUCAGCAAGCACACAGACCACACAUACAGCUCGGCGUCGUUUUCCCGUGACGAGUCGUGCAGAGCGAAGCGGCUGCUGGCCGCCGCCACCCAGCUGCAGCCUCUGAUCUUCGGCCUGGCGGAGCAGCUGCUCUCCGUGUCCAUGGAGGUCGACUCGAACCGCCUGCAGGACGUCCUGGACGACCUCAGGGAGCAGACGUCGCUGUUCAUUCAGGCGCUGAACGACGAUCUGGUGAAAGUCGCCCUGCAGGACAUGAACAGCCGGGCCAGCAGCCGCAGCAGCCACCUGCACAGCAACGGGUUGCUCUGUGAGGUGUCCCCCAGCGACCAGGAGGGGGCGCCGCAGGACGACACGGAGAACAGAGAGGAGGAGUGGGACAGAACGUGGGCGAACGUCGGUAAGAGUCUGGACUGCAUCACGGCCAUGGUGGAGCGGCUGCAGGAGCGACAGCGCCACCUGCAGGAGCAACAGGAGUCCACAGGGGACACAAAGUCCCAACACACAGGCUCUCCUUCCUCCUUCUCCUCCUCCUCCUCCUGGCAGGAGCAGCUGCUCCCCCUGGUGGUCACGCUUAGGGACUGCGUGCGGGAGGCGGUAACCACGGCCCGAGCUGCUAUGACCUUCGUUGUCCUGCAGGGGGCGGUGGCUGCGACUGUUGCUCAGGGUCCAACGCAGAUCGUCCAGCGGCGCCACGCCGUCUUCAGCCAGGGGCUCUCGGCGAUUGUUUGUGGAUUUAUGCUGAAACUGUUUGGAGGUUUGGAGGAUCCAGAGUUUCUGCAGCAGCUUCUCUCUGUGGGGAUCCUGGCCCAGUUUGAAAGCCUGCUCAGCACCUACGGUGACGAGGUGGGGAUGCUGGAGGACAUGGAGGUGGGCGUGGCCGACCUGAGCAGCAUGGCGUUCGCCAUCACCGAGGCCCGAUCCGAGCGACCCGACGACCUGCAGCCGACGCUCACCGGAGCAUGGGGCGGUUUUGUGGUCCAGGUGCCGCUUCCCUCUGAAAGCUUCAGGUCGCUCCCUGAGGAGCUGAAGGCCGGCCGUUUGAUCCGAGUCGAGCCGGUUCUGUUCAACAUCGGGAUCAACCAGCACCAGAGUCUGGCUGAGAGGUUUGGAGACAGUUCUCUUCAGGAAAGAGUGAAUCAGCAGAGCUGUGAGCGACUCAGAGCUUAUUGUAACAAGCUGAGAGAAAAACUUCCUAACAUGGCUGGUAUCCAGUCACUAUUAGACCUGCUGUCGUCUCUUGAUCGCAGUAUCGAGUCCAAGAAGAGGAAAAACGUCGAGGUUUUGUGGCUCGCAGCUUCAGUGUGUCGUAGAGUAAACGGCGUGCGGCUGACCAGCUGUAAGAGCGCGAAGGAUCGCACGGCGAUGUCUGUGACGCUGGAGCAGUGUACGAUCCUCAGAGAGCAACACACACUCAGCCAGCAGCAGUUCAGCUCUGCACUGGACAACAUGAGGAGGUCUCGUCUGUCCUGGGGGCAGAUGCUGGGCUGCUAUGCCCACUCCGGGUUCUCUGUCUCUGGGUUUGACCCGGCAGAGUGUCCCUCCGGCCUCCUCAGCCCCUGGAUGCAGAUGUGUUUUCAUUCCAGAAGACAUUUUUACCCUGUGGCCUUCCUCCUGGUGACCUCUCACCUCCUGGUUCUCUGGCUCAUAUUCAGCUUGGUGAUCCUACUGGCUAAAUACCAGUAAACAAGACUGGGAGCACUGGAAAGCAGGGAUUAUAAUGUUCUCCCAG